AUGCCUUAUGCUCUUCAUACUCCCAACAGCGGCGAGACGGCCGUGUCCCUACCGACAGAAAUCCGUAUUAUGAUAUAUGAGAACCUGUUAGUUGUACGAAAGGGAAUUUACAUCAAGGAGCUUCCGGGCAUUUACCGUACCGGUGUUUUCCAGUGCCACCCGGCGCUGUGCAAGCGAGAUUGGUCUCUAGCAAAUGUCCAACCACGAAAGAGACAUGCAAGAUUCAGGCCACCGACACUAGAAAGCUUGUCCAAGUUUGUUAUACAAGAAAAGCUCGGCAUCACGGCUCAGAGCGAAACAGGGCCAAUCAAAAACGUCGCUGGAAUGCGCAAAAUGCUUAUGAUACUGAAAAACGAGCAAGGCCCGGGCAUACAAUAUAAGAUCUGGUUAAGUAUCUUGGCAAUGUGUAAAGACGUAUAUGCCGAGGCGGUACACUUUGUCUACAGACAGAGAUUCACAUUCGCCGAUACUGGCACUCUACACAACUUUGUCAUGUUGCUGGGACCAGCAGCACGAGAAAUCCUGGGUGACAUUCAGAUUUUGGGCUGGGAGGAUAAACGGUCUAUAACAAGUGGGCCAAUUCCUGCCUUUUCAGUGUUGAAAGACGUGGUGAACUUGAGGAGACUUCACGUUUGCUGUUCGAUCGGAGUGCCCCAAGACUGGGCCUGGGUCAACGUCUUCCCGCCGCGGAAAACGGAGCCGAUACCCAGAUACCACCAUCCUACAGACAUGAUUGCAAGCAAGAUUUACCGUGACUGCGCCCACUGGCUGAGGCCUAUGUUUAUUCAAAGUGGCAUGCACGAGAUCAAGCAGGUUCUCCGCCUGGACAAGAGAAACUUCAUGCCAGUUCUGCGAACCUCGCAAAAUCCCCUUCCCGCAUUCACCAGAGAGAUGUAUCAGGAAAUGAAGACUCGCUUCUGGGCAUACCUGGAGAUUCUUUUGGCCGGGAAUGUGAUGUGA